AUGUCUUACGAAGAACCAGUUAAACCAAACAACGAACCAAUCAGAAACGAGGCUGACGGUUACGUCAAGCCUGAGAUGGUGGUUAAGAACUUUGCCAAAACAUAUGAGACCCCACCAAGAGACGCCUACCAGAACUUCAUUAACCUGUGCGGUAGGAUUUUUGGCUGCUGUGGUGUCUUCUGCUUCCUCUGUGAGAACCCAUAUAAGACGGUUGACCAGGGUGAAGUUGGUUUGGUUCAGACCUUCGGUGCCCUCUCCAGAACUGUUGAGCCUGGUACUUCCUACGUCAACACCUGGUCUGAAAAGUUGUCCAGAGUCAACAUCAAGAUCAAUGCUAAGAACUUGCCUCCACAAUCGUGUUUCACAAGAGAUAACUUGUCUGUCUCGAUCACUUCUGUCGUUUACUACAACAUUGUUGACCCUCAGAGAGCCAUCUUCGCUAUUUCUGACAUUCACUCUGCUAUCACCGAGAGAACUCAGAACACCAUGAGAGAUGUCAUUGGUUCGCGUGUAUUGCAAGAUGUUGUUGAAAAGAGAGACGAAAUUGCCGAGUCUGUCCAAGGUGUGAUUGCCAGAACUGCCGCCGAAUGGGGUGUCCACAUUGAGGCUAUCUUGAUCAAGGACUUGACCUUGCCUACUUCUGUCCAAGACUCCUUCGCUAAGGCUGCUGAGGCUAAGCGUAUUGGUGAGGCUAAGAUUAUUAACGCUAAGGCCGAGGUGGAGAGUGCUAAGCAGAUGAGAAAGGCUUCUGAUAUCUUGAGUUCUCCUGCUGCCUUGCAGAUCAGAUACUUGGACGCUUUGCAGAACAUGAGUAGAAGCUCUGGAACCAGAGUCAUCUUCAUGCCAAGUGCCGACCAGAUUGAACGUAUCGUUCACAAUCAGAGUCUGUCUCAAGGAAAAGCACCAGUUGAGCCCAUUGAAGAAGAGCCCGUGAGCGCUCAGCCAACUGGUUUGGACAACAGCAAGCAACUUGCUGACACUAUCGCCUUGCAAGAGGCUAUGAAAUAA